AUCGAAAUAUGAGCUUGGAAAUCCCUAGUGCCCGACUGCCCUCCUCCAUUUUUUUCUCAACCUCCACCUCCGGCGCCGAUCCACCUCAAGUCCGGCACCGAUCCACCUCCGGUCCUCCACGGCUCCACCCAUUUCCAGAAUCAGAGGUUUCGCACAACAAAUUCUCGACUCAUCGAUUUCAGUUCAGCUGCUCCUCAACUACUAUGGCAACCAGAAUGUCUGUUAGAUACGUUUCUUGUAGGUUCUCGAGUGGGAGUGGGAAGAUACUCAGUGAGGAAGAAAAGGCUGCUGAAAAUAUUUACAUCCAGAUGCCUCAUAGAACACGUCCUAUGACAGCUCUGUUAGUGUUCACUGGCCUCAAUGCUGUGCUGGUCUCCACCAUUACUCCUGUCUAUGAUUUUGUUUGCUUCCUUCCUUUCUGGGAGAGACGGGUUUGUUUCAUAUUGCUCUUUCCUUUGCUUGCUUUCUUGGCCCUGACUUUAUAUAUGUGACAUUGUGAUAUUUAAUUGGGUGGUCAUUGUUCUAUAGUAUCAUUUGUUGUUACCAGAGGAUUUUGGUUGGUUCCUUUGCCCUAUGAUGAGUUUGCUUGCUAUUAUUAAUCUUAAAAGUUAGUUCUUGUGACUGUUAGGUCAAUCUUGAUGAGAUAGAAACAAUUUAGGAUUGUUCAAUGUUUACUAUCAAUCUAAACUCAUUUUCUUCA